AUGUCUCUAUCCAUGUUGGUUACUCGAUUAAAGAGGUCACCAUUAGGUGUUGUAUUGUUUCCAAUCGUUACGAUCACUCUAAUAUACUUCAUAUUAUUUUCCAGAGAGGGAUCUUUAAUAGGGAGAGAGACUUCCAUUUCUAAUCACAAAUGGACACAUGAAGUGGAAGGCACGUGGCAUUUCCCUCAUUCUAGCAAGUUUAAAGCUCGCAAGUAUUCAUACAAAUAUAAACCAAGCAGGCUAUUCAGCGGUAGAGCAAACGAGCAGGUCAACAAUGAUAGGGUUGAGCACUUUGAUUUAAAUACUUUGAAGACUACGAAAACGCCGGCUGCCAAUAAAGAGCGCGUCUUGAUUUUGACGCCAAUGCAAAGGUUCCAUAACCAGUACUGGGAGAACUUAUUAGCUUUAACAUAUCCACGUGAGUAUAUGGAACUAGGUUUUAUUAUUCCUAGAUCUUCUACUGGUGAUGAAGCCUUGAAGUUGUUGGAGUCUGCUGUGAAGAAAAUACAGAGCGGGGCCAAAAAUCAAAGGUUUGCCAAGGUAACCAUAUUGAGACAGGAUUCAGCUUCAUUCGAUCAAUUGGAUGAGAAAGAUAGACAUGCUUAUAAGGUUCAGAAGGAGAGGCGUGCAGCUAUGGCAUCUGCAAGAAAUGAGUUGCUAUUCUCUACUAUAGGUCCUCUUACAUCAUGGGUAUUAUGGCUAGAUGCCGAUAUAGUCGAGACCUCACCAUCCGUCAUUGAAGAGAUGGCAAUGCAUGAUAAGGAAGUCUUAUCAGCUAACGUCUUCCAAAGGUUCAUCAAUGAUGAUAAACAGAAAGAUAUUAGGCCGUAUGACUUCAAUAACUGGCAAGAAAGUGACACUGGUUUAAUGUUGGCUUCAAAGAUGGCUGAGGAUGAAAUUAUAGUGGAGGGCUAUGCUGAGAUUGCCACUUAUAGGGUUUUGAUGGCAAAGAUUUAUGAUCCUUCAGGUAAUCCAUCACAGGAAAUCCCAUUAGAUGGUGUUGGUGGUGGUUGUACGUUAGUGAAAGCACAUGUACACAGGGACGGUGCAAUGUUCCCAAAUUUCCCAUUUUACCAUUUGAUAGAGACUGAAGGGUUUGCGAAAAUGGCUAAGAGGUUAGGUUAUAAAGUAUUUGGUUUGCCCAAUUAUCUAGUCUACCAUAUCGAGGAAUAA